AUGUCGUCGAGCAUCGCGGCCAACACCGCCAACGGCCGAUCCGCCGAGCCCCUCGCCCAGGCCAUCCUCAACAACGGCGCUAACGACGAAUACGCCUACGUCAACGAUGUGCGUGUCGCUGGCUUCGAGCCUUUGAUCUCGCCCGGGCUGUUGCUUCACGAGAUCCCCGUCCCCAAAGAGUCCCAGGCCACCAUCGCUCGCGCAAGAGGUCAGUCGAGCGCCAUCAUCAACGGCCACGACGACCGCCUCCUCGUCGUUGUCGGUCCUUGCUCCAUCCACGAUGUCGACCAGGCCAAGGAGUACGCCAAGCUGCUCAAGGCUGGAAUCGACGAGAAAUGGUCGCAGGGACUCGUCGUCAUCAUGCGCGCCUACUUCGAAAAGCCACGCACCACGGUCGGCUGGAAAGGUCUCAUCAACGACCCCGACAUCAACGGCAGCUUCCAGAUCAACCGCGGUCUCAAAAUUGCACGUAAUUUGCUCGUCGACCUCACAGCACAGGGUGUGCCCGUCGCAUGCGAGGUGCUCGACACCAUCUCGCCCCAGUACACCUCGGACCUCUACUCGUGGGGUGCCAUCGGUGCGCGCACCACCGAGUCGCAGCUGCACCGCGAACUCGUCUCGGGUCUUUCGAUGCCCAUCGGUUUCAAGAACGGCACCGACGGCGGUCUCGGUGUCGCCGUCGACGCGAUUCGCGCCUCGUCGCAACCCCACGCUUUCAUGGGUGUCACCAGCCAGGGUCUCGCCGCCAUCGUCCGCACCGUCGGCAACGCCGACCUCCACAUCGUCCACCGCGGCGGCUCCAAGGGCACCAACUACGACGCCGAAUCCGUCCAGUCGUCCAAGGCACAGCUCACAAAGGCGCUACCCGACCGUCACCCGAGCAUCAUGAUCGACUGCUCGCACGGCAACUCCAACAAGGACUACCGCAACCAGCCCAAGGUGGUCGACUCGAUCGCCGAGCAGCUCGCCCAGGGUGAGACCGCGAUUACGGGUGUCAUGAUCGAAUCGCAUCUCAACGAGGGCAAGCAGGGCGAGCCCAAGAACGGCGCCAUCGACCAGCUCAAGUACGGCGUCUCGAUUACGGAUGGUUGCGUGGGCUGGGAGACGACGGUCGAGAUGCUCGACAAGCUCAACGCUGCCGUGCUCAAGAGGAGAGAGCUGCGCGGCAACAAGGCUUAG